CUCCUCUUCAUAUUCGUCACCAACACAAUCAAAUCAACACACACCACGUUUCGAUCUAUUGCAACCACCGCGACAAUUUAAUUAACAAUAUGGUGUGGCCGUUUUGCCCUUCCUGUCGUUCUACGCUGAAAGUAGACAGCUCGGGUUCCAUUUCUUGCAAUGUCUGUCCGUAUGCGUCGAACCUCGAUGAACUCGAUCCCUCGGAAAUYCCGUCUUCGGUCACCUAUUCCGCAUCCCGUGCUACACCGUUGUGGGCCAAGACGGAUGCCGAGCAGGAAUCGCUGAGACGAAACAAAGAGCCCACGAGGGCAACGAUCGAGGAACCCUGCGUGAAAUGUGGACAUCCCGAGGUGGGGUACUAUACCGUCCAGUUGCGAAGCGUCGACGAAGGGCAAACCGUCUUUUACGAAUGCCCGGCGUGCAAGCACACCUGGUCGAUCAACAACUAGAKUUUCGCUUUGCUGUUCAUGAAUUUGCACUCAGAAAUUCGAAAGAAAGAUAAUUGGAAAACWUGAAUGGGAAAAAGUGGUCGGGGUUGGGCUAGAACGAACAGUGUCAGUGUCGAGUGGGUUUCGGUCUAGCUAGGAUCGAACAACAAUUGGAUGUGCUGGAAUGAAUCUACCGCUGCACAAUAUGGGGAUUGCGUUCGCGAGAAGGCGAAGUAAUGUUGGAAGUUCACGAACAUGGAAAGGUGUGGUCGAGAACGACAGGUAUUUCUAGGUACGAAUUCGAGUUUGCUAGCCGAAUACUUCGUUACGAAAAAGAAUUUUAAUGAUGAUGAAAAAAAACCUGCACAGGGAUUUCGAGCGGCUGGAAUUUAUUUUGUUUGUUUGUACCAGUCUCAGUGAAACCAACUAGUAAUCUUCUCUCUGAAAAAAACUCUUGACUAAAAUAUCUGUAAUUAUUGACGCAACGGGUCGCUUUGAGUUUUUCUCCGUCCACUCAUUUCAUUUUCUUUUCGCUCUUGACGCGUAUGACUAGAUGUUGGUGCCAAGAAAUUCCGGUUAUUCGUGCCAUUUGCAUUUUGUGUGUUUCCAACGCAUACAUCGGAUGACAAAGCUUAAAUGAAAAGCUAUCCGGGCUCAAAGUAUGGUCGUGAAAUAAGCCAAAAAACCUGUGGUUGUAUUUCAUACAACAUAGGUUGCACUUCUUUUUCUACUUCUCGUUCAAUUUCUGAAACAAGAUCGAAAUAUUUAGGAACCUCACUAAAAACAAUACUWAAAU